AUGAAAUUUUCUGACUUUACAAAACAUUUUACUCAAAGAGUGUUCUUGGAUGCAUUUUCGUCUUUUGAAGGAACGAUUGAUUUGGUUUGGGAUGGAAAAAAGAUGAUGAGGCUGCUGAAUUUGAUUGUAACCCCCAACUUGUUGUCACAAAAUUUAAAUGUUGGAAAGAAUUAUUCUUUAAAUAAUCCUGGAUAUUCCAACGCUGCAAACCUUGUAUUUCUUCUUUAUGCAACUCAAACAUCUAUUGAAUUGGUCAAAAGUUGGUUAAGAAAAUUGGAUGAUAGGUGUCAAUGCUCUGUCCAUCUAUUUUUCAUUCCAGAAAAGACCUACACUCUCACAGAACGCUUAAAAGACGAUAAAUCAGUUUGGGAUAAAAUUUGUACAAUUAAAAGCCUUCCAGUCAAUUGGUUCCCUUCAGAACAAUCUUCAUUAAUUUCAAUGGAUUUACCCCAAUUACCUCCACAAUUAUUUAUCAAUGGAGAUUGGAAUUUUCUUUUUCAAUGUGCAAAAGCUUUGAAACAAUUGGUUGAUCAAUUUAAUCGUUUGCCUAAUUUUUAUUCGAAGGGGAAAUGGUCGUUGAGAAUUUUGGAAAUUAUGAAGAAACAAAUUGAAAGUACACCAAAGAAAGCCUUAGACUCCACCAAAAACGAAUUUCGAAAUAUUUCUGAUGUUGUUCUAAUUGAUAGAUGGAUUGAUCCACUUACUCCUAUGUUGAGACAAUCUACUUUUGGUGGAGUUUGUGAUGAGUUGUUUGGAAUUGAUUCGAGAGGAAUAAUAAAAAUCCCUGCAGAAGAAUCCUCUGAUGAUAAACCUGACAAGUCAAAGAAGGAAGAAUUUGAAGAAAUUCAAUUAAACGAUCAAGUUUACGAACAAUUACAAGAUUUGUCUGUUGGUGGAGUUGCUUUAAAAUUAAGAGAAAUUGUUGAUGAAUUGAAAGGGGAAGAAUUGCAAAGAAAAUCUCUCGAUUCUGUUGCCCAAUACAAAAAUUUCAUAGCAAAAUUGCCCAAUGUUGUUGUUAAGCGUAAAUCAACGGGAAUAUUUAUGCGACUUGCAGGAGUAGUGCAACAGCGAGAAUCUGAUGAUUUUUAUAGAGGAUUAUUGCGGUGUGAACAAGAAAUUAUGCGUAAUCCACAACAUGAUAAAACCCAUCCAUUUAUUGAAAAUUCACUUAUUGAAAUGAGAGAAAUCAAUUCGAUUUUGCGUUUAAUAAUUUUACAGUCAUUAAUUUCAAAUGGGUUGAAAUCUUCUGUUCUUCAGACUUAUACAAAGCUGAUCGUUCAGAGUUAUGGAAUAUCAGAAUUAAAAUUGUUAUUAAAAUUACAACUUGCUGGUUUAGUAAAAGAUGAAAAUUUUUGUGAAAAGAGAUGGGACGUUUCUUACACUCCUGGCAAUUUUAAUCAAUUAAUUAGAAAAUAUAAAUUUGCGUUGGCUGAUUUGGAUGAUUUGAGAAAAACAGAAGUCAAGAUAGGCAAGCCAUCCCUCUUAAUUAGAAUAAUAGAAGAAGGAUUACAAAAAGAAUGGAUAGAUUUUAACAAAACUUUAAUGGAAACAACAACAGAAAACAACCAAAAUUUCCAACAAAAAGAUUCUUUUUCAGAAGAAAAUAAACAAACAUUAAUUUUUGUUAUUGGAGGGAUAACUAGAGCAGAAAUGUCUAUUUUAAAUUCUUUACCUUUUAAAAUAUUUUGUUGUACUACAGAUUUUAUGAAUUCUAAUGAUUUGAUUAAUUCGUUUAGAUUUUAAAAUUUGAAGAAAAAAUUUUUUUUAAAUUUUAUUAGGACAUUUUAUCCAAUAAAAACAAAUAGGUAUAUUUAAUUGGCCAACUUUUAUUUUUCAUUCUAAAAAUUAAGGAUUGGACUGUACCAGUGUUGCCGCGGGUACAAAAAUCUUCGGGUACGGGCAUCGGGUUGGAGCGUUUUUAUUUCGGGUUGCAAAAAUUUCGGGUAUAGGUUUCGGGCGGCAACCCUGGACUGAACUAGAGGGGGUUUUGUCCGAAAAUCCUGCUUCAAUCUAGGUUUGUUCACG